AUAGAAUAUAUUACUAAAUAAAUAAGUCGUUUUUCUCAUUUCUGUGAUUUUCGGUCUUCACAGUCGAUUUUGCUCUUCGAAGACUCGAUCUUUGUCUUCACUCUCCUCAACCUCUCUUUUUGAGCACAACCAUCUUGGACUCAGAAGCGUGAAAAAGGAAAAAUCACAGAAUCAAGACGGAAGGAUCGAGGUUCUUUUGGGAAUUUCAUUCUGAUUUGCCCCUUGCCUUUAAUUGGGAGAAGUGUGCAGACCUAUCGGUUUCCUCUGGGCCUUGAACUUGCUGAGGAGCUCUCGAUCUCCCACUCUACCUUUGAUGUUGAUUUGUUUCAUGGUAUUGCAGAACCGGAAUAGAAAGUCAAUCUCCAGACAACAGGGUUUUCUGAAGAGCACAUUUAGUCUUAGUUUCUGAUGCUGAAGUAAUAAGUGGACUUUGAAUCUUGCUUGUCAAGGAGGAAGAUGUUGGAAGGGGGGCCAAAAUUUCCUGGAAUUAUUGGCCAAAACAGUCAUGAUAACAAUUAUGAUGAUUUAUCACAAGGUUUCUAUCAUAAACUUGGUGAAAAUUCAAAUAUGUCUAUUGACAGUUAUGAUAGCUUGCAAACAAGCAAUGGUGGAAGGUCUGUUGCAAUGUCCAUAGAAAGUAUCGGGUCAAAUGAUUCUCACACUCGCAUUUUGAAUCACCAAGGAUUGCGGCGGCAUGCUGAUGAUAACUACUCUGUUCAACAGAGUGUUAACCAUAAUGGAAGAGUUACACAUGCUUUGAAUGAUGAUGCACUAGCCCGUGCACUGAUGGAUAGCAAUUCCCCCACAGAGGGCCUUGAAAAUUUUGAUGAGUGGACUAUUGAUUUAAGGAAGCUUAAUAUGGGGGCAGCUUUUGCUCAAGGAGCUUUUGGGAAACUCUACAGAGGAACUUACAAUGGUGAAGAAGUUGCCAUCAAGAUCUUGGAGAGGCCAGAAAAUGACCCAGAAAGAGCAAAGUUGAUGGAGCAACAAUUUCAGCAAGAAGUUAUGAUGCUAGCCACGCUAAAACAUCCCAACAUUGUUGGUUUUGUUGGUGCUUGUCGGAAACCAAUGGUAUGGUGCAUAGUGACAGAAUAUGCAAAAGGAGGUUCAAUGCGUCAGUUCCUAAUGAGGCGACAUAACAGGGCAGUGCCAUUGAAAUUGGCAGUCAAGCAGGCCUUGGAUGUUGCAAGAGGAAUGGAGUAUGUUCAUGGGCUUGGUCUAAUUCAUAGGGAUUUAAAGUCUGACAAUCUUUUGAUUUUUGGAGAUAAAUCUAUAAAGAUUGCAGAUUUUGGGGUUGCUCGCAUUGAGGUGCAGACUGAAGGAAUGACACCAGAGACGGGGACAUAUCGCUGGAUGGCACCGGAGAUGAUACAGCACAGGCCUUACACGCAAAAAGUAGAUGUCUAUAGUUUUGGGAUUGUUUUAUGGGAACUCAUCACAGGAAUGCUUCCUUUCCAGAAUAUGACAGCUGUGCAGGCGGCAUUCGCUGUGGUGAACAAGGGUGUCCGUCCUGUCAUUCCCAAUGAUUGUUUACCUGUUCUGAGUGAGAUUAUGACCCGUUGCUGGGAUGCCAAUCCUGAUGUUAGGCCACCUUUCAUUGAAGUUGUGAAAAUGCUUGAGAAUGCAGAGACAGAGAUCUUGACCACUGUCCGCAAAGCUCGAUUCAGAUGUUGCAUGGCCUUACCGAUGACAGUGGACUGAUUUCCAGAAGAGGAAAGAAAUAUAAUAAUAGGACAUAAGAAUAGAGAGAGAGAGAGAAGAAGAAAAUGGAAAAGAAACAGGAGGCUGGAGGAGGUGAGUGGUGAUGUCCUUUAGCGUUUGUGUAUUUAUGAGGUUUAAUUUCUUUCUUAAAAGUAGAGAAGCAAAAGAUAUGAUAAGAAGUUUUUAGUUCCUUCUCCCUUUUCCUCAUCUUCUUUUGGCUCUGCUGAAUAUCUCAUUUUUUCUUUCCUUUUCUUCAAGAUUUAUCAUAGUUUAUGCAAGUUAUUGAUUUGUA